AUGUCAAUUCAAAUCGUCCCUUUGACUAAGGCCGACAUACCGGCGGCCGUAGAGUGUGUCCAGAAAGCCUUUUCCGAUGACCCCUACUUCCGGUGGGCGUUCAACGACCCCUCUAAGUUCAACAUCGAGCGAAACGCAGCUUCUUUAGCAGCGCACUUUCAGUAUGGCCUUAGCUGUGACUGUCCCAUCUCGGUCGCCAAAGUGACCCACUCUCCAGACGACCAAAAAGUUGACCAUGAUGUCAAGCUAUCAUCGGGUAGCGUUGUCGGAGUUGGCUGGUGGUACUCACCUCAAGCAGCACGAGCAUCUCAGACUUGGUCCCUUUGGGCGCAGAAGUGGCUCCUCUCCUUCCGGCAGCUCUUGAACAAUAUUCGCUUCCUGGGCCGAGGUGGUCUGAAUGUUCCUCGAUACUGGAUCUGGAAGCAGGUGCAACAGGACGCACAUAACACUCUUUGGACAGACCCUCGUGGCUACUACUUCUGCAACAUGGUGGGCGUCAGUUCCCAGGCCCGUGGAAUGGGCGUGGGCAAGCGCCUGAUGACGAGUGUCAUGGAGAGAGCAGACCGGGAAAGUAUGCCAUGUUACCUGGAAAGUUCCAAAGGUCACCCUAAUAUUACCAUCUAUGAAAAGAUGGGGUUCAAACUAAUCAAAGAGAUUGAAUGUGCCGAGGGUGGAGACGUCUGCAAGCUUUAUUGCAUGAUCCGAAACCCGAAAUCUAAGUCUUAA